UUGCAGUGGAGACCGUGACGCAGCUACAAGUGAAAGGCCGCAGAGCUGAAGAGGGUGACAGACGGGUAGCGGAGUGGCUGCUAAACGACUCCAAACUGCUUUAAAAUAUUUUAACUUGAAAUGAAGCAUCUCGAAGAGUUAUGUUUUGCAUAUUGUGUAAAAUUCCUUGACAGCUACAGAGUAAUGAAGGAUUUCUAAAUGUUUCAGUUGUGGUCGGUAACUGAUUCGAUGUCACAGAAAGGACUCUGGAGUCAGACUGACCUGAGUUUGAAUCCCAUCCUGAGACGUACAAUCUGUGACUUGGAGCAAGUUAAGAAAGUGUCUGGCAGAGAACCUGGGGCAUGAGUUGGGGCGUGAGUCGGCUCUCUGGAAACGUGUGGCAACUUUGUCCCGGUUAUGAGGAAAGACUGGACACAGAUUACUGCAUCCUAGAAAUCAUUAACAGCCUGCGGGAUCUGAGCUCCAGUUUGGCACAUGGAGGUUUUUUCUAAAUAUAGUAAAGCCAGGCCUGGUCAGAGCCGCAGUCAGAGAAGUCAGCCAAGCAAGUUCUUUCCUUUCCUUUCCUUUCCUUUCCUUUCCUUUCCUUUCCUUUCCUUUCCUUUCCUUUCCUUUCCUUUCCUUUCCUUUCCUUUCCUUCUUUCUGUAUUUAUUUCUUUCUUUAUUUUAUUUAUCUACUUUCAGAGAGAGGGGGAGGGAGGGAGAAGGAGAGAGAGAGAAACAUCAGUGUGUGGUUGCCUCUCAACGUGCCCCCCUACCAGGGACCUGGCCCACAACCCAGACAGGAGCCCUGACUGGGAAUCGAACUGGCCACCCCUUGGUUUGCAGCCUGCACUCAGUCCACUGAGCUACGCUGGCCAGGGCAGUUCUUUCUAAAUAUAAAGAAGCAGGUAACAAAAGAACUUUGAAUAAUAUAAUGAUCAGGAUUUGGGAACUAGCAGUGGAACACCUUGUACCUCUCUCUAUACCCUUGCAUCGUAGCCCACCUUUGAGGCGGAGGGUGCCGUUAGCAGAUGGAGCGGCCCUGAAGAGUCAAAUUUCUGCUGCUUUCCCUUUAGAAACCACACUGUCACCAUAGUGGGGCAUGUGUGUGCACACUUGUGUUUGUGUUACACGUUUGGGACAAACAUCCAUUAUAAAAUAGAGCAGGACACAAGAAAUGACUAAAACGCAUAUUUUAAACUGAUGUCUCACUUUUUUUUUAAUGGAAAUUUGCUCUGCCCUGGCCAGUGGUGUGGCUCAGUGGGUUUGGCAUUGUCCUAAAGCAAAAGGCCACCAGUUCGAUUCCCCCAGAGGGCGUGUGUGUGGGUUGCAGGCCAGGACCCCAGCUGGGGGCGUGCAAGAAGUGGCUGACAAAUGUUCCUCUAACAUUGAUGUUUCUCUCCUUCUCUUCCCCUCUCUCUAAAAAUAAAUAAGAUCUUUAAAAAACAACCCUGCUCUUACAUAGCUUCUUAUGAGCCCACUGGCCAGCCGUGGUCAUUGUAACAUUGGUGCGAUCACAGACAAGCUGCUGGGUUCUCACAGGUUCCACUGACAAAUCCCAGGCGUCUUUUCUGGGCCCAAACUCCCACCUGUCCUGUUACUGAGACUUAAAAAUUAAAUGACUCCAGUACGCAUCCAGUCAAAAACCCUCACUGCCCUUGGAACACCUCGUUCAGUGAUCAGUUCCACAACUAUUUUUUGAAACUUAGCAAGCAGAAUUAUAUACUUGAAGUCCUGGCUACCAUAGUAGGUACUGAAUUCCAUAAAAAUACCUUUCAUAGUGGUAACAUCACAUGAUCAGUCUAGUUGAGUUGAAUUCUGUAUCAGGAUUUCCUAAGGAACCCUUACUGAAGACUUCAUUAGGUACAUGUUCUCAACGCCAGGACUGACCAGCCUGGGUUUCAACUCAGGUCUGUCACGGUUAUUAGCAGUGAGACCUUACUGACCUUGACCUGUGAGCUUCAGUAUUUUGGGGGGUCAAAUGGGCACAAUAACAGCAUAUGCUGUGUGGGGUUGUGGUGAAGAUGUCUUGAGAUGAUGUUUUAACACAGUGCCUGGUCCAUGAUGGGUGUUGAAGAAACGUAGAAAGUUUCGGAAAAUGGUGUGUUUAUUAAUUAAAGCUAGACUCAAACAUACUUUCUUACACAAAGGAAGCUUUAAUAUAGCUGCACAAGUAUGUAUAUACUGUGUUAACCUAUUUGCACACUUUGGGAGGUAGUAACAACUCCUGAAGCUUGCUUAGGUCAAAGCAGGAAACCAGCUGCUGGGCUGGGGCCAGAGGCAGGGUGGGGGCGCCCCAUGGGGCACGUUCCUGCCCCAGCCUCCGCAGGGGGUUGGCGUUCGUCUCAGAGAACGUUGGCCCUGUCGAGAUUUGGUUGAAUCUCGACAGGGUUGGCUUCAAAGCCCAGGCUCCUCUUCAAGGCAGAACAGUUUCUAGCAGAGCUUGUUAACGGGAUGAUACCAAAAUGGAAAGCACUGGUGCCUGUAAGACCGGCUUUCUCCCUGCGGGUCUGUUUGAUUGCAUGAGAUAAGAGUCCAGCUAUGUUAAGCCUGGUUCCCACAACACCAGAAACUUUACUAGAGAAAUGUGAUUAAACGCACCCUUUUCCCCUUAAAGGCAGCCAUUUUACCACUUUUGAAACACAGUAAAUUCAAGUACAGGCUUGGGCUUUACUUGAGAAUGUUUGCUUGCCUUUCCAGUUCAGCUUCUGUAAACUCCAGCUGUACGUGUGUCAGCAGUAGCUGCGGUGUACAUGUGAACAGCCAGAAAACCAAAGCACGGUUUCUCUCGGCUGUUAGGAAUGUGUCCCCUUUAACACAUUUCUCCAGGGUCACACUGGGUUGGGAAAUGCCACCCCAGUGCCACGUGUUAUCCCAAGAUCUCUUAGGGGUGAGCUGGGUUACAAGUGUGCACUUGGCCAGUCCAAAAGGACAAGCCAAAGGUUUCCCUCACAAAACCCCCUGAAGAUAAGUACUGAAUGCCGUACUAGUAACUAGUAAGACUGAGAGGCCUGCUAAGAGCCAUGAUCAUUACCGACCAAAAUCUGCUGUUGGCCCACUCAGAAGGUACUUGUCUGUGUGGUGGUCACCUACCAACUGCUGCCUCAUUUCACUGGCCCCUUCUUUCCCCACCCGCCCGGAUGGGAAACCUGACACAGCCAGUCCAGGGACCAGCAUCGGGCCCCUGGGCUGGCGGGGGAGGGGCCAGGCAGUGCCAGCCAAUCGGAAGCAACGUCUGCACAUGAACAGUAAGGUUCUGAUGAGGGCGUGGCCAGGAAAAACGGCUUUUAGACAAAACUGCCAUUUUAUGGGUCAGCCAUGGACAGACGUGGUACUUCCGCUGUCUUCAGAAUAAUGUCACCCGGGCCCCUUCCCGCUUUCUGCUCUCCAGGAGGAUCUCAGCUCUAAUCCGGGCCCUGGCCUUGCUCAGCCUUGGAAGAGGAGGAGCUUUUCUCUCCAGAAGGCUGUUUGGGGACAGACUGCCGCGCUCUUGAGCCCCCGCACCUGGCCUUGAACAUGAACACUCCGAAAGAAGAGCUGCAGGACCGGACCAUCGUCAGAAUAGCAGCCCACCUGCCGGACCUCAUUGUCUAUGGAGACUUCUCCCCAGCGCGGCCCUCUGUGGACUAUUUCGAUGGAGUCUUGAUGUUUGUUGAUAUUUCAGGUUUCACGGCCAUGACCGAGAAGUUCAGCACAGCCAUGUACAUGGACCGCGGGGCCGAGCAGCUGGUGGAGAUCCUCAACUACUACAUCAGCGCCAUAGUGGAGAAGGUGUUGCUAUUUGGAGGAGACAUCUUAAAGUUUGCAGGUGACGCGCUGCUGGCCCUGUGGAAGGUGGAGCGGAAGCAGCUGAAGAACAUCAUCACGGUGGUGGUGAAGUGCAGCCUGGAGAUCCACCAGCUGUUCGGAAACCAGGAGUCGGAAGGCCUGGACAUCCGGGUCAAGAUAGGACUGGCCGCCGGCCACAUCACCAUGCUGGUCUUCGGAGACGAAACGCGUAACUUCUUCCUGGUGACCGGCCAGGCGGUGGACGACGUGCGCCUGGCGCAGAACAUGGCCCAGAUGAAUGAUGUCAUUCUGUCGCCAAACUGCUGGCAGCUCUGCGACCGGAGCAUGAUUGAAAUCGAGCGGAUCCCAGACCAGAGAGCAGUGAAGGUCAACUUCUUAAAACUACCCCCUUCUUUUAACUUCGAUGAGUUUUUCAAAAAGUGUAUGACUUUCAUGGAUUAUUAUCCUUCCAGUGACCACAAAAACCUCCUGAGGCUUGCGUGCAUGCUGGAGUCGGACCCGCAACUGGAGCUGUCCCUGCAAAAGUAUUUGAUGGAAAGCAUCCUGAAGCAGAUUGACGACAAACAGCUCCAGGGUUACUUGUCUGAGCUCCGCCCAGUAACCAUUGUGUUCGUGAACCUGACAUUUAAGGACCAAAACAAAGCCGAAGUCCUAGGCCCGGCCAUCCAGGAGGCCUCCGUGCACAUCAACUCUGUUGUGCGGAUCUUCCGAGGCCAAAUCAAUAAAGUCUUCAUGUUCGACAAGGGCUGCUCCUUCCUCUGUGUCUUUGGGUUCCCCGGGGAAAAGGCGCCCGACGAGGUCACUCACGCCUUGGAAAGCGCUGUGGACAUAUUUGACUUCUGCUGUCAGGUCCACAAAAUCCACACCGUAUCCGUGGGCGUGGCCAGCGGGACUGUCUUCUGUGGCAUCGUGGGACACACAGUGAGACAUGAGUACACAGUCAUUGGUCAGAAAGUCAACAUCGCGGCCCGAAUGAUGAUGUACUACCCGGGCAUCGUGACCUGUGACUCCGUCACCUACAACUGCAGCAGCCUGCCGGCCUACUUCUUCAAGGAGCUCCCGAAGAAGGUCAUGAAAGGCGUCGCGGACCCCGGGCCCGUCUACCAGUGCUUGGGCCUGAACGAGAAAGUCAUGUUCGGGAUGGCGUACCUCGUCUGCAACAGGAAUGAGUGCUACCCUUUGCUGGGGCGUGACAGGGAGAUCAGCUACUUCAAGAAGACCAUGAAGGAGUUUCUGACGUCCAACUGCAGCCAGGUCCUCAUGUUCGAAGGGAUGCCGGGCUACGGGAAGAGCCAGAUACUCAUGGGUCUGGAGUACCUGUCCCAAGGUGAGAACCACAGGACCAUUGCUAUCGCACUGACUAAGGUCAGCUUCCACCAAAAUUUUUAUACCAUCCAGAUACUCAUGGCCAACGUCUUAGGUCUGGACACCUGCAAACACUAUAAAGAACGACAGAGCAACCUUCAGAAUAAAGUCAAGGCACUGCUGGAUGAGAAGUUCUAUUGCAUUUUCAAUGACAUUUUCCACGUCCAGUUCCCGAUUUCGAGAGAGGUCUCCAAGAUGAGCACCUCGAAGAAGCAAACGCAUCUGGAGGCCCUGUUUAUGAAGAUCUUGGAGAGAACGGUGAAGCAGGAGAGGAUCAUUUUCAUCAUCGACGAGGGCCAGUUUGUCGACCCGACCUCCUGGGCCUUUCUGGAGAAGCUGAUCCAGACCCUCCCUAUCUUCAUCAUCAUGUCCCUGUCCCCGUUCCCCGACACGCCCUGCCCGUCCGCCAGCACCAUCAAAAAGAACAGGAACACCACCUAUGUCACCCUCGGCGCUGUGCAGCCCAGCGACAUCCGCAACAAGGUCUGCCUGGACCUCAACGUCAAGGGCAUCCCCAAGGACCUGGACCUGUACCUGGUGGAGGGCAGCUGCGGGAUCCCCUUCUACUGCGAAGAGCUGCUCAAGAACCUGGACCUGCACAGGGUGCUCGAUUUCCAGCCGGUGGAGUCCGAGGAGAAGGCCAACGUGACCUGGAAGAACCUGUUCAAGAACGUUGCUAAGCCAACAGAGGAAUUAAGGAAAUUUACUUUCGGCAUCGAAGAGGGAAGUGAAGAGGUCUGCAGACUCGCCAGAGGCGUCAGGUUGAAAAACCUGUCUCCACCAGCGUCAUUAAAAGAAAUCUCUCUGGUCCAGCUGGACAGCAUGAGCCUCUCCCACCAGAUGCUGGUGCGGUGCGCAGCCAUUAUCGGCCUGACCUUCACCACCGAGCUGCUGUUUGAGAUCCUCCCCUGUUGGAACAUGAAGAUGAUGAUCAAGGCCCUGGCCGCCCUCGUGGAAUGCAACGUCUUCGACUGCUUCCGGAGCGGCAAGGAGCUCUGCAGGUGCCUAAAGCAGAACGCCACCUCGUUCGAGGUGAAUUUCCGCUCCCAGUCUCUGAGGCCCACUGAAGGAAUGGCCCACAAGGCGGAUGAGGAGCUCCGCGAGCUGGAGAACGAGGUCAUCGAGUGCCACAUCAUUCGCUUCUGCAGGCCGAUGAUGCAGAAGACGGCCUACGAGCUGUGGCUGAAGGACCAGAAGAAGGACAUGCACCUGAAAUGCGCCCGCUUCCUAGAAGACAAAGCACACAAGUGCGCCCACUGCCACGGCGGGGACUUCAUUCCCUAUCACCACUUCAUGGUGGACAUCCGGCUCAACUCUUUGGACAUGGACUCCAUCAGGAAGAUGGCUAACUUUCAGGAAUUCAAACCUGAAGAACAGACCAACGUUUCCAGAACAGCAAUUCUGAGAGAGUUCGAGAUCUUCCCGGGAAAUUUCAGUUCCGAGAAAAUAAGAGAAAAGAUCUUGAGCUUCUUCGACGUCAUCAUAACCAAAAUGAGCCCGUCUCAGGAGGACAUCAUCCCGCUGGAGUCGUGCAAGUGCGAGGAGGUCCUGGAGGUGGUCGUCAUGCCGCUGGCCAACCACUUCCUGGCCCUGGGGGAAAACAGCAAGGCCUUGUACUACUUCCUGGAGACGGCUUCCCAGUACCUCAUCCUGAAGGACAACUACAUGGCAUAUACCUACCUGAACGAGGGGGAGAGGCUGCUGAAAACCCUCAAGAACGAUAAGUCCCAGAGUCAUGCUUUUGAGUCCGCCACCUUCUACACCCUCAAAGGGCAGGUCUGUUUCAACAUGGGCCAGAUGGUGCUGGCCAAGAAAAUGCUGAGGAAGGCCCUGAAGCUCCUCAACCGACCCUUUCCUUACAACAUGAUCUCCGUGCUUUUCCACACCCACGUGGAGAAAAACAAACACUCUCACUACAUAAAUCAGCAGGCCAAACAGGGCUCACCACCAGGGGAGAAGAGGCUGGCGGAACUUUACCAGCAAAUCACCUGCUUCUCCUUGCUGUGGAAGAUCUACAACCUCAACUACUUUUUUCAUUGCAAGUACUAUGCCUACCUGGCGGCUCUGAUGGGCAUGAACGCUGCCCUGGAAAUGCAAGACAAUUUCCAGAUCAUCAAGGCCUACCUGGAGUACUCCCUGCACUGCCAGCUGACCGGCCAUGAGGAUGUGUGGCUCAAGUAUGAGGUCAUGGCCGUGGAGCGGAUCUUCAGCCUCCCCAUGACAAACAUGGGCGGUGAGAUUGUGGCGUACGUGGCCGACUCGCUGGGCUACACCAAGCUCAUAAUGGGUAACUUGGACUUGGCCAUCGACUUAGGCUAUCGUGCCCAGAAGAUGUGGGCGCUGCUCCGGUGCCCCAACGAGCAACACAAGGUCCUCUGCUGGCUCUGUAAAUCCCUCUUGCUGAAAACCAGGUACAAGCUGAUGAUCCAGGUGCUGGAGUGGCUGUGGGACCUGUCCGUGACCGAGGACCAAAUCUUCAGCAAGGGAUUCUUCUAUCUGGUCUGCCUGUACAUCAUGCUCUACGCUGGCUUCACGUACAGGGCGUUCGAUGAGUGUGUGGACUUCAUCCGCCGCCACGAGGACCACCGGAUCCUCAAGUUCCACAGCGGGAUCCUGCUGGGGCUCUACUCCUGCGUGGCCAUCUGGUACGCCAGACUUCAGGACUGGAACAUGUUUCAGAUAUUUUUCAACAAAGCUAAGAACCUGGUGCCAAAAAGGACGCCCUCGGCGCUUUACUUCCUGGGCAUCUGCGGGUUCAUGGAGUGCCAGGUCCUGCAUCUGCAGAAGGAAAUUGAGGAGGGUGUGGAGAACGCCCAGGACAGCGGCGUGCAGCUGCUCAAGAACAUGGAGAACCUGGUGUCUCAGAACAUCUCGGGCACCAUCUUCUACCCGAGACUCUACCACCUGAUGGCCUACGUGUGCCUCCUCAUGGGCGACGGGCAGAACUGCGACCUCUUCCUGGACACGGCCCUGCAGUUCUCCGAGGCCCAGGGGAACCUGCUGGAGAUGAACUGGCUGGACAUGAGCCGGGAAUGGUGGUACUCCAGCUCCGAGCCGACCAAGAACACGUGGCCCCUGACACUGCAGAGCCUCCCGUCGUGGCAGUCGGUCGUGUGCGGCAGAGUGAGCAUGCAGGAGAUCCAGAAGAACAAAUUCCUCAUGCGAGUGAACAUCCUGGAUAACCCUUUCUAACGCUGCCUGGAAGGGGGCAGGAGGCCUCGCCUGGGACGAAGCUUUCCUCGCAGCCAGCGCCUCCCAGGGGCUCCUGCAAAACCCGCCUGUUCGCAUGCGGCCCUUCCUGGCGGCCGCCUUGCCUCCACCCUGGCUCCGCACGUGCAGGGUCACGACCUGCGGGGAAAGGGCAGCAUCACCACGGCAGAUGCUGCGACAGAGACCUGUCUAGU